ACUUGUACAGAGGAAAAUUAUUACAUCCAACGAGAGGAUUAAUUCAUACCCGGAAUAUAUAUCCGGAAAUAAGAAAUUGCGUGAAAGGACAAGAAGCAACGUAGAUGUAUUAUCCUCGGACACUGCAGGAUUGCGGACACUAUAGGAUGGAAUCUCGCCAAUUCACGAUGGAGGAAGUAUUAGUGACUUGCUCGAUUAGCGAAUGGACCAAAUUACGCAAUUAUGCGUAAGACAGAACACUGAUGCAAUUACCGUAUAAUCUCUCCACCAUCCUGUAUCCUGCUUUACGCGCGAUUUGUCAUUACUUGACUACGAUUUACUUCCAUUUCCGCAAUUUUAACCCGCCAUUCUCUGACCUCUAUUGACAACCGCGCCGUGCCGCGCAUCGACAUCGUCAUGACAACCAUAGAAUCGUAUACGUAUCCUUCAAACAAGUACGUACCGACCAAAGGAGUAUAAGUGAAGACUAUCACCAAAGAUUAAUUAACGUCGAUUUUUUGCCGAAGAAGGGGGAUCGGUCACUUUUCGCGAUAUGAACGAUUGUUUGUCAUCGAACGCGAUCGCCGGCCGCGUUGCUCACUUGGCGAGAGAUAAGGAGGAGAAACGUGCUCAAGAGCGUCGGCGCCAUCUUAUUUAUCUUAUCACUGCCUUUUUACGGGAACAAGGAUAUUCUAAUACCGCGGAGAGUCUGAUCAAAGAAGCUCAGCUGUCCCGAGAUAUUCACGUAUGCGACAAUAUCGAUCUGGAGACUAUUAUUCUUGAGUAUACCGAUUAUUAUCAUGCCAAGUACAACAGAUAUCCGAAAUUAUGUAAGAAGGCGGAAGCCGUCGCAAAUGUGGCACAAAGCGUCAAUAGAAAAGAGAAAAUCAUAAAGAUUCCUAAUUCGAAGCAAGAGGAUAGUCGUCUUACGGAGGAAUGCAACAAUAUUGGAAAAAAUAAAAUCGCGCAAAAACAAUGCGCUUGGGACGAAUUAAAUCUCGGUAUUACGGUGACGCCAAUUUUUCCUGCGGAAAGUGGCGAUCGAGUAGCCAUACAAGUGCCGAUGUUCAACGAAACUAUUACCGAUAAUGAUGAGAGACUACUGAAACCUAUCGGUGAUCUUUAUCCGCUCGGUUCCGAAUUGAAGGAAAUCGCCGAUGUUAUAUCACGGGAAAUCGUGCAACAAAAAUUGAACGUUCAUUGGGACGACGUAAAGGGACUAAAAAGUUGCAAGACAUUAUUAAAAGAAGCUAUAUUUUAUCCUAUGAAAUAUCCAAGUCUGUUUAGCGGAAAACUCGGUUCUUGCAAAGGUGUAUUGUUAUACGGUCCACCAGGAACUGGCAAGACAAUGCUCGCAAAGGCGGUUGCCACCGAAUGUCAAUCGACCUUUUUUAAUAUCACUUCCAGCUCCGUUAUUAGCAAAUGGAGAGGCGACUCCGAAAAAUAUAUUCGCGUACUCACCGAUCUUGCUAAACAUUAUGCGCCUACGAUAAUUUUUAUCGAUGAAAUCGAUUGGACAACCACAAACAACACGGACUACGGCUCGUCGAGCUCAGAACCUGCUAGAAGAUUUCGAGCGGAACUUCUCGCCAGAUUAGACGGAUUAUUAUCAAUGGAUUAUACGAAUGUAAUAUUAUUAGCAGCUACAAACGUUCCUUGGAACAUAGACGUUGCCUUAUUGAGACGUUUAGAAAAGCGAAUUUUUGUAGAUCUACCCGACGAACCUAGUCGAUUGGAAAUAUUACGAUUUUAUGUGCGCGAUGAUUUGCACGACUCAUCGGAAAUGUUUAAACUCGCGCAAGAAACCGCGGGAUAUUCUUGCGCGGAUUUGAAACUGCUAUGCAAGGAAGCAUGGAUUAGUCAAUUACGGCCUAUUUGGGAGAGUCUCGAGACUAAAGCGAUUUCUAUAAGCGAUAUUCGGAACGACGGUCUGAUCAGUGCAAUGAAUCACUUUGUGUUCGCAAAACACAAUGUGAAACCAACUACCAAGCAUAUAAACGCGCAAUAUAUGGAAUGGCAUAAACAAUUUGGUUCUUCUAAAUAAGUAGAAGAACAGCAGGAAAUCUUAAAUUCACAGUUGUAAUAAAAAAAGUAGAUAUGUAUGUAAUAUACAUAAUAAGUAGACAUGAUACGUAUAAUAACUAGAUCAAUUUUUUUUCUGUGAAAUUGUGAUACUUUGAGAGUACUUCAGAUAUCAUAUAAGAUUUCUAUUAAUC